AUGGCAGCCGGACUCAAGACCAUCAUCGCGCUCUCGUUUGUGCUCGCGAUCGGUUUCCUCCUCGUGAUUCUCUCGUCCGCCCUAUGGCAUAAGUACUGGCCCUUGCUGGUUGUCGCUAUCUAUGUGGUCGCACCACUCCCCAAUUGGAUCUGCGCUCGGUGCGCAAACCCGGAUGACUUUAUGGACAGCUCGAGCAGCUCUGCGAUGGAUUUUGGGCGGUUCAUGACUGGCUUCUUGGUCCUUACUGGAAUUGCCCUCCCCGUAGUCCUUGCACACAGCGGAGCGAUCGAGAUCCCGGCGAUGAUCAUGUCAAUUAUUGGUGGCUUGUUGAUUUACGGCACCAUCAUCAGCUUCUCGAUGUUUUUCCAGGAGCAGGAGGAGUUCUGA